GGAUGCUCCCAGGGCUGUGAUCCGAGAGUGACCUUGACUUUCAAGAAAAGGCCCGGCACCAUGAGCGUCUGCGCGCGCCGCCACCUCAGGGUCGGCCUCUGUCUGUGGCUGGGUGUCACCCUGGGACUCGGCCAGGGACAAGCGAGCGGCCGCCUGAGGCUGGCGGUGCUGCCUGAGGACCGGCUACAGAUGAAGUGGAGGGAGUCAGAGGGGAGCAGCCUCGGCUACCUGGUGCAGGUGAAGCCCAUGGCAGGGGACCCGGAGCAGGAGGUCAUGCUGACUACCAAGACCCCCAAGGCCACCGUGGGGGGCCUGAGCCCCUCCAAGGAGUACGCAGUGCAGAUCUUCCAGCUCACGGGCUCAGGGAGCGUCCUGCUGGCUCGAAGGGAGUUUGUGAUCGAGGAUUUGAAGAGUAACUCCGUGAGCAGCAGCGGCUGGAGGCCCCUGGGGGCAGCCCUGGAGCCCACCCCCUCGCACUUGGCGGACCCAGACCUUGAGCCCCGAGUGGCCUUGGCCUCAAGCCAAGACCCACCCGCACUUGAAGGGCCUGGCAAGGAGCUGCACCCAGCCAGCGGCCCCAGGGGGGCGGCCCCUGCUCAGCCCACCUCAGACCUGAGGGAGCAGAACCACACCCGGGCCUUGGCUGGAGGGAGAAGGAAGCCAGCCGGCCCCCAGUUCCGCUGCACGCCCCCCACGCCUGUGGACAUGGUUUUCCUGGUGGACGGGUCCUGGAGUAUCGGCCACAGUCACUUCCAGCAGGUCAAAGAUUUCCUGGCCAGCGUCAUUGAGCCCUUUGAAAUCGGGCCAGACAGAGUCCAAGUAGGCCUGACUCAGUACAGCGGAGCCCCCCAGACCGAGUGGGACCUGAACGCCUUGGACACCAAGGAGAAGGUGCUGGCAGCCGUGCGCAGCCUCCGCUACCGCGGGGGAAACACGUUCACAGGCCUGGCCCUGACCCAUGUGCUGGAGCGGAACCUGAAGCCCGAGGCGGGGCUGCGUCCAGAGGCGGCCAAGCUGGUGACCCUGGUGACAGACGGAAAGUCCCAGGAUGAUGCCCGCACGGCCGGCCAAGCGCUCAAGAGUCUGGGCGUCCAUGUCUUUGCUGUGGGCGUGAAGAACGCCGACGAGGCGGAGCUGAGGCUCCUGGCGUCCCAGCCGCUGGACCUCACGGUGCACAGCGUGCAGGACUUCCCCCAGCUCGGCGCGCUGGCCGGCCUGCUCAGCCGCCUCAUCUGCCAGAAGGUCCAGGGCAGGAGCCCGCGAGGGGACCCAGUUACACCAGCAGCGGCUGCCCCGGCCCUGGACCCCCUUUCCGCCGUCACCAACCUGGUCGUGACCCGGGUGACCUCCUCCAGCAUCCACCUCUCCUGGACCCCAGCCCCGCAGACACCCCUCAAGUACCUGAUCGUGUGGCAGCCUUCCAAGGGCGGCGUCCCCAGGGAGGUGGUGGUGGAGGGACGCGCCUCGUCCGCGGAGCUGCACAACCUGAGCCCCCGCACGGAGUACCUGGUCUCCGUGGUCCCCGUCUACCAGGCCGGGGUCGGCGAGGGCCUGCAGGGCCUGGCGACCACAGCACCGCUGCCCCCACCUCAGGCACUGACCCUGGCCACAGUGACGCCCAGAAGCCUCCGCCUCACCUGGCAGCCCUCGGCAGGGGCCACCGAGUACCUGGUGCGGUGCUCACCUGCCUCCUCCAAGGGCGAGGAGGGCCGAGAGGUGCGGGUGGGGCGGCCAGAGGUGCUGCUGGACGGCCUGGCCCCGGGCAGGGACUACGACAUCUGGGUGCAGAGCGUGCGAGGUGCAGAGAGCAGCGAGGCCCAGGGCAUCCGCGCCAAGACCUCCGCCCUGGGACCCCCGAGACACCUGAACUUCUCGGACGUGAGCCAUGAUUCGGCCCGCGUGUCCUGGGAGGGCAGCCCGAGGCCCAUACGUCUGGUCAGGGUCAGCUACGUCUCCAGCAAGGGUGGCCACUCCGGACAGACAGAGGUUCCCGGGAACGCCACCUCGGCCACUCUGGGCCCCCUGUCCUCCUCCACCACGUACACAGUCCGUGUCACCUGCCUGUACCCCGGGGGCAGCUCCUCCACACUGACCGGCCGCCUGACCACACGGAAAGUCCCCAGCCCGAGCCAGCUGUCAGUGACAGAGCUGCCCGGGGACGAGGUCCGGCUGGCGUGGGCGGCCGCAGCGGCGUCGGGGGUGCUUCUCUACCAGAUCACGUGGACGCCCCUGGGAGACGGGAAGGCCCAUGAGGUCUCUGUCCCAGGGAACUUGGGCGCGGCCGUGCUGCGCGGCCUGGGGAGGCUCUCGGAGUACGACAUCACCGUGCUGGCCUACUACAGGGACGGGGCCCGCAGCGACCCCGUGUCCCUCCGCUACACCCCCCUCAGCCAGAGCCCGCCAUCCAACCUGGCCUUGGCCUCUGAGUCACCCACCAGCCUGCGGGUCAGCUGGACGCCCCCGAGCGGCCCUGUCCUCCACUACCGGCUCACCUACGCGCUGGCCUCAGGCUUGGGGCCCGAGAAAUCGAUCUCCGUUCCAGGACCCAGGAGCCACGUGACGCUGCCUGACCUGCUGGCAGCCACCAAGUACAGGGUCCUGGUCUCAGCCGUCUACAGAGCAGGGGAGAGCAUGGCCGUGUCUGCCACGGGCCGGACGGCAGCCUGCCCGGCCCUCCGCCCCAACAGCUCCCUCCCAGGCUUUGACCUGAUGGCGGCCUUCGGCCUGGUGGAGAAGGAGUACUCCGCCCUCCGCGGCGUGUCCAUGGAGCCCUCGGCCUUCGGCCCCGCCAAGACCUUCACGCUCUUCAAGGAGGCUCAGCUGACGCGCCGGGCCAGUGACAUCCACUUGGCCGCCCUCCCGCCGGAGCACACCAUCGCCUUCCUCCUGCGCCUGCUCCCCGAGACGCCCCGCGAGGCCUUCGCUCUGUGGCAGGUGGCAGCCCAGGACUUCCAGCCCGUCCUGGGGGUCCUGCUGGACGCUGGCAGAAAGUCGCUGACCUACUUCAACCGGGACCCCAGGGCCACCUUGCAAGAGGUCACCUUCGAGCUGCCCGAAGUGAGAAGGAUAUUCUUCGGGAGCUUCCACAAGGUGCACGUGGCCGUGGGCCACUCCAAGGUCAGGCUCUACGUGGACUGCCGGAAGGUGGCCGAGAGGCCCGCCGGGGAGGCUGGCGACCUGCCCGCCGAGGGCUUUGUCACGCUGGGGAGGCUGGCUAAGGCCCGGGGCCCCCGGAGCAGCUCAGCCUCGUUCCAGCUCCAGAUGCUACAGAUUGUCUGCAGUGACUCCUGGGCAGAGGAGGAUGGGUGCUGCGAGCUGCCGGCAUCGAAGGAGGGAGGCGCCUGCCCUGCCUUCCCACCCGCCUGUGCCUGUUCCUUGCAGACCCCCGGGCCCCCGGGCCCCCAGGGGCCUCCGGGUCCUCCUGGGAGGAACGGAGCCCCAGGAGAGCAGGGCUUCCCAGGGCCCAGGGGGGAGCCCGGGCCACCUGGACAGAUGGGACCCGAGGGUCCUGGAGGUCAGCAGGGGUCACCAGGCACCCAGGGCCGAGCCAUCCAGGGACCUGUGGGUCCACCAGGGGUCAAAGGAGAGAAGGGGGACCAUGGACUCCCCGGCUUGCAGGGUCACCCCGGCCUCCAGGGCACCCCCGGGAAGGCGGGCAUCCAGGGACCAAAGGGAAUGAGAGGCCUGGAGGGGACUGCUGGCCUGCCUGGACCCCCUGGCCCUCGGGGCUUCCCGGGCACGGCGGGGGCCAGGGGCAGCGGCGGGGAGCGAGGACUCCCAGGGGCCGUGGGGCCCACGGGGCUGCCAGGGCCCAAAGGGGAGCGAGGAGAGAAGGGUGAGCCACCGUCCCUGGCCACCAUCUACCAGCUCGUGGGCCAGGCCUGUGAAUCUGCCAUCCAGGCGCACGUGCUGAAGCUCCACUCCUGCUCCCACGAGGGCACCAGGCCGCCCAUGCCCAUCCUGGAGGCGCCCAGGGCCCUCGGCAUGCGCAGCGAGGCCCGGCUCCCUGGAGGAGGGGGGCACGGUGGCCCCCGCCCCGAGGACAGAGGACGGUCCCCCUGCUGCCCCGAGUGAGCCAGACCUUCCCCCCAGAUCCCGGACACGGGGUGCAGCUGGAGCAGCCUGGACGUGGAGGGACAGGGGAUGGAGGCCGAGCCUUGAAACCUCUUCUCUGCCCGUUUCCUGUGCAGAUAAACAAGCACUUGUCAAGGAA